UCGUUUCUGGGCACAGCAGAAGUGAACACCUCUGCUUUGACUUUAAAGAAUAAGGAUUGAAAGUCUAAACCUUCUAUUCUCUCUAUCGCCUCUACCCCUUCCCUUCCGCGGCGGCGCAUCGGCCAUUCUUCAGAGAGCACGGAGCUCUAGUGUGAGCUUUCUAAGCAUUUCACCAUGGGCGGUAAAGAUGCCAAGAUAUCUAAGGAUGCCAAGAGUUCUAAAGACGCAACUAGCUCUGCCGCCAAGGGGAAGAAGAAGGAAGUGAAGAAAGAGACUGGAUUGGGUCUCUCUUAUAAGAAGGAUGACAACUUCGGAGAAUGGUACUCUGAGGUUGUGGUUAAUGGGGAAAUGAUUGAAUACUAUGACAUAUCAGGCUGUUACAUUCUGCGACCAUGGGCAAUGUCAAUUUGGGAGAUUAUGCAUAACUUCUUUGAUGCUGAGAUCAAGAAAAUGAAUAUUAAGAAUUGUUACUUCCCUCUGUUUGUCUCAUCGACUGUCCUACAGAAAGAGAAGGACCAUAUAGAGGGGUUUGCUCCAGAGGUUGCAUGGGUUACUAAGUCAGGAGAGUCUGAGCUAGAAGUGCCCAUUGCUAUCCGUCCAACUAGUGAAACGGUCAUGUACCCAUAUUUCUCCAAGUGGAUUAGGGGGCACCGUGACUUACCUCUGAGACUUAACCAGUGGUGUAAUGUUGUUAGAUGGGAAUUCAGCAAUCCUACACCAUUUAUCAGGAGUCGUGAAUUUCUUUGGCAAGAAGGACAUACUGCUUUUGCAACAAAGGAGGAAGCAGAUGGCGAGGUGCUUGACAUUUUGGAACUAUAUAGACGCAUUUAUGAAGAGUUCUUGGCUGUUCCAGUUAUUAAGGGCAAGAAAAGUGAGCAUGAGAAGUUUGCUGGUGGACUUUAUACUACUACUGUUGAGGCAUUUGUCCCAAAUACUGGCCGGGGUGUGCAAGGGGCAACUUCACACUGUCUGGGUCAAAACUUUGCAAAAAUGUUUGAGAUUAAUUUUGAGAAUGAGAAAGGAGAAAGGGCUAUGGUCUGGCAGAAUUCCUGGGCUUACACUACGAGAACGAUUGGGGUGAUGAUAAUGGUUCACGGGGAUGAUAAAGGCUUGGUGCUACCUCCUAAAGUAGCAUCUCUCCAAGUAAUUGUAGUCCCUGUGCCUUACAAGGAUGCAGACACUAAGGGUAUAUUUGAUGCAUGCACAUCCACCGUAAAAUCCUUGAAUGAAGCAGGAUUUCGUGCCGAGGCUGAUGUUAGAGAUAACUAUUCUCCUGGAUGGAAAUAUUCUCAUUGGGAAAUGAAAGGCGUUCCUCUAAGAAUUGAAAUAGGACCCAAGGACUUAGCAAACAACACGGUCCGUGCGGUCCGACGGGAUAAUUCAUCUAAAAAUGAUGUUCCCAUGGCUGAUUUGGUCGAGCAAGUUAAAGUGAUGCUUGAUAAUAUCCAACAAAGUCUUUUUGAUGCUGCCAAGCAAAGACGGGAUACCUGCAUCCAAACUGUAUAUAACUGGGAAGAAUUUGCAGAAGCACUUUCCAAGAAGAAGAUGAUUCUGGCCCCAUGGUGUGAUGAGGAGGAGGUGGAGAGGGAUGUGAAGAUGCGCACAAAGGGAGAAAUGGGUGCGGCCAAGUCUCUCUGUUCUCCAUUCGAACAGCCUGAACUCCCUGAAGGUACCUUGUGCUUCGCAUCCGGUAAGCCUGCUAAAAAGUGGACCUACUGGGGAAGAAGUUACUGAUUCUAUCUGUAACACACAUUAUCUUCAAACUGGUUGUCAACAAGGAUAAGGCAAUUUGGUUUUAAGUUGAUUUUGGAACACACCUUCGAAUAUAGCAUACAAGUUUUGUUAUUUAUUCAGAUCUUUUGUCGGAAAAAAUUGAUUGAUUAAACUUUGUUCGCUGUAUGGAUGAAGAUUAGUAGACUUCAAAAGUUGCUCCACACUGUUUUUGUCAUGUUUGGGGUUGUUUGAUAUCUACGAUAUUUAUUUGGAA